GUCUGUGUAUUUGUGAUGUGGUAGUCGCGAGUUGCCUGCUGCACUUGACUUAAGUUGAGUUAAAAGUCUUGCAAAAUUUGUUGCGUUAUUGUUCACUUGGAAGCCUAAUGAGCAUCUUAAAUUUUCACUAUCACUAUGUGGACGUGCAGAAAAUGUGGAAAACCUGUUUACUUCGCCGAGCGGAAGACGUCAAUGGGCUAUGAGUGGCAUCCGGAGUGCCUACGCUGUGAAGAAUGUGGGAAAAGGCUGAAUCCUGGACAGCACGCCGAGCACAAGGGGGUUCCCUACUGCCAUGUCCCUUGCUACAGUGUCCUUUUUGGUCCGACUCUAUUUGGCCAUGGUUCACAAGUAGAGGCACACACAAGCUUUGGAAAAAACACCAAGGACCGCCAGUGUGUUUCUUCUGUCCCAAGAAAUCAUCUGGAGGGAAAACUAAAAGUUUACAAUCAAUACUAUGAGGGGAAAAGUGGCAUUGUUCAAAGCCGUUUGAGAAAUGGCCGCUUGAUCUUGGAAGGGUCCAUCAGAAUCUACUGGGGAGUGAAUCGAGUGAUCCGUCUGAAAGAAGACCACGAUGACCGUAUCCCUGUACGAAGAAGAAGGACAUCACUGCGACUUAGUCGACUGGCCAUCAAUUCAAAGGACAGAGGGUCCAAGUACUUGCAGAAUGGUUCACCUGAGAAGGAAGGUAGUUGCAGCAUGGAAAAUGGCACAGAGGACAAGAAUGGUCUCAGGAUCAGUGCAAGCACUGACAACAUGUUUGCUGAGGUGCAGCUCUCGGAUCCAGAGUGCAGUGAGAGCCAUACAAAUGGCAGUUCAUCAGAAAUUGGCCGCAGCUAUCGGACGCUACCAAACCCCGGCAAACAUUCACUGUCGGACUUGCUGGCUGACACCAGUGUGCAGCAGUCACUGGCCUGUGAAGAUGCCAAUGGCUUCGAGGGUGUAACACUGCGCAGCAAGGCUCGUUCCUCACGGGUGAAGCUGCGCCGCCGUUGUUCCAUCAAUGGGCACUUCUACAACAGAGAGACAAGCGUGUUCACUCCCGCAUAUGGUAGUGUGACCAGUGUCUGGGUGACAAGCCUUGUGAAUGCCCCAGAAGUAAUUAACCAACUCUUGGACAAAUUCAAAGUGGAGAACUCACCUCAAGAUUUUGCCCUCUAUGUUGUUCGUGACACUGGAGAACGGAGGUUGAUGCAAGAUGAUGAGUACCCCCUGCUGGCAAGAGUGAUGCUGGGCCCUGAUGAGGCUGUUGCCAAGCUGUUCAUUAUGAACAGAGAGAACACCAAUGAAAUACCUUAUGAGGUUGCACAGUAUCUCAACUUCAGUGAAGUUGAACUGACGACAUUUAUCAAGAAGUUUCAUGAAGAGGAGGACAGGGAAGUGGAAAAGAUAAAGAACAAGUUUAAGACAUUGCGACAUCGAAUUCAAACCAGAAUGCAAGAACUGAAGUCAAUACCAGUCAAGAUCAACUCCUAAGGAUUGCAUAUGUGUGUGAUGUACCAUCUAACGUUGCCUGUGGGCAUUCAUCAUGCUAAUUUUAUUGUGCUGCAGGCGCCAGCAGAACUUCUAAUGCAAUUGUAAUAUGUUGUCUGUUCCUUCAUUUUAUCGCAUAUUGUCUCGAUACAAAAACAAGGCUCAGGUCAGUGCACAUUUUUGUUUUUGUUUGGCUGCUGAUAAUGACAAUGGCUAUGUGCAUUAUUUGAAGUUGACAUAAUGGCUCAUGGUGCACAUUUAAAGGGCCCCUCACCAGGUUUGGGCAUUGCAAACAGAUAAGGGAGGUAUGUAGACCACACACUGACGAUCCUGUCCGUAAAGUAUCAAAGCAAUGCACGGCACAAAAACAGUCGAAAUUUCAAACGAAAGCCAGUGCACCCUUCCUCUCGAGGGAGCCCCGCUUCCAGUCAGAGUCAAGCUCACACGCACAAAUUCCUCUACGCAAGAUGCACUGCCUACAAUGUUGCCGACCAGGGCACAUGACUUCAGUAAAUCAUUCAACGUGAAAUGCACAAUGGCGCCACUGGAAGUGUGCCGUGCAGCAAAAAAGGAAGAGAAGAAAAAAAAGGAGGCAUAGCUUGUCACAUGAACGUGAUGCACUCGGAAGGCAGGGAAGGAAGGCUGCUUGCGGACGCUAUUCGAGGCAAAGGAGGAGAGUGGCCUCUGUUGGCAGUGAUGCUCACUGCCUGAUGGCAUGGCAACAUGUUUCAAUUCUUUCUAUCUCCUUUAAUAAUGAACUAAUUUGAAAAAUUAUUUCGGGACAACGCUCCCUAGACAGCAUCUCACAAAUUUCAGCGUAUAACCAAAAUUUGCAAUAGGGCCUGUUGAGGGGCUCUUUAGUGACCCUAGUCGAGCAACAUGGCUAGUAUACUUUGGAUUUUUUUCAUAGACUUCUACUUUAAGCCAAAGAUUAGGCGUGAUUGCUUCUGGUGCUAAGGAACUGUUUUUACAUUUUUUUGUAACCAUUAUUCAGUAUAAUCCAAAGAUGGGCAUUAUUGUCGCUUGUGCUAAGCAAUCGUUUUUACAGCUAGUGCAAUUGUCAUUUGGCAUUACAACUUGUACACUUUGUCUUUUUGUUGACGAGCAUGAACAAAACCUCAGCGGUAAUAAUCAUUUGUUAUGCUGUUUAAUAUAUCUGCAAUUCAUUUUAACAUGAGAGGCAAAUAUGUAAUGCCACAGGUAUUGGGCACAUUGCACAGACACAAAGCAGAGGUCUCGUUUUAUGCACAGUGGUGCUAAUUUCAGCAUGCAUCUUGGCCAUCUCCAACACAUCAAAACUGUAAGUGUCAUAUCACAGGACCAUCUCAUUAACCAUUGUUAUUUAAAAUCUUCAGUUUCUCAUUGACGUUGUACAGCCAUUCUGAAUACUCACAAUUUAGUGCCAAACUGGUUGCUAUUGUGACCACAGCAGUGUAUGUUUAGUUUGACAAUUAGGCUUCAUUUGGCAACUUGGAAUGCUUGAGUGUCAUUGCAUAAGCCUAGGUUUAAAAAUUGUGCAGCUGUUCAUUUCACCUGUGGCAACUACAUAUUACCCUGCAAGACAGCUAAUAGUGCUUAUGGAUCUGUGCUUGUAUAUUUUUGUGAAUAAAAACAGUUUUUGAAUGAA